AUGGCUGAUCGUUACUCCUUCUCUCUCACAACCUUCUCCCCCAGCGGAAAGCUGGUACAGAUAGAGUAUGCACUCAAUGCUGUAAACCAGGGUAUCACUGCCCUUGGCAUCAAAGCUACCAACGGUAUUGUCAUUGCCACCGAAAAGAAGUCAUCAUCUCCUCUCGCCGACCAGAGCUCCCUCUCCAAGAUCAGCGACAUCACCCCCAACAUUGGCAUGGUAUACUCCGGCAUGGGCCCCGACUACCGAGUAUUGGUGGACCGAGCACGCAAGGUUUCGCAUACCGAGUACAAGCGCAUCUACAACGAGUACCCCCCUACCAGAAUAUUGGUGCAGGACGUCGCCCGAGUUAUGCAGGAGGCCACCCAGUCAGCCGGUGUACGACCUUAUGGAGUCAGUCUCUUGAUUGCUGGUUGGGACGAGGGCAUUGAGCCCGAGGAUGAGGAAAAGACCUCUCUGGAGGAUAGCGAGGACAAGAAGGUCAACAGAAAGACCGGAGGCAUUCACAAGGGAGGCCCUAUGCUGUACCAAGUCGACCCCUCUGGUAGUUACUACCCAUGGAAGGCCACAGCCAUUGGCAAGAGUGCAACCAAGGCCAAGACCUUUUUGGAGAAGCGAUACUCGGAAGAACUUGAGCUUGAGGAUGCCAUCCACAUUGCUCUGUUGACCUUGAAGGACAACAUUGAGGGCGAGAUGAACGGUGACACCAUCGAGAUUGGUAUUGUUGGUGCCCCCGCAGACCACCUUUUGGGUCUCGAGGGCGUCGAGGGGGCUGUCGGACCCCGUUUCAGAAAGCUGACCCCUCAAGAGAUUGAGGAUUACCUGACGAGUCUAUGA